ACAAUGUUUCAAAAUGGCGACGAUUGUGUUUACAUCAUAUCUGAUGUGAAAUUAUAAAUUUUAGACACAGAAAUUGGAUAAUUAAAAUCAAUAAUAUUGCAAUAUUAACAUAAUCAUUAAUAAAGGAAUAUUACAAAAUAGUAAAAAAAAUGGAAAGCAUACCAUUGACGAGUGAACAGGAGAAUUUUUUAAAAGAAUGUGAAACAUUAUACGCGGAUCGUUAUUCCGAGAAGGAUGAAGCAUUUAUGAAAAUAAAAAAUGCAGAGGCAAAAAAACCCCCGAUUAUUGAUCCAUGGCACAAUAAACCAAGAAGACCGCAAAACGAUUGGAAUCGUCAAAAUUAUCGACAAAAUAGACAUAAUUCUUGGGACCGACAUCAUGAACGUCAUGAUAGAUAUGAUAAACACGGUGGAAGACAUGUUUAUCAACGUAAUUCACGACCAUAUUGAGAGAGAGAAAAAAGAGAGAAAGAAUUGUUUCACAAAUUUUCAUGUGCAUAAUUUAAUAAUUACCUCAAUAGACUUAAUUUAAUUUCAUCAAAUUUUUCAAAUUGUUCAAUUAUUAUUUUUCUUUUUAUUUAAUUCUUUAAAUGAAUAAUAUUAUAAUUACGACACUUUGGACUGUUCCAACUUUAAUUAUAAUUAUUGUUUUUAAUAUUAAUAAUAAUUGAAAUGUAAUUAAGAAUAAUUAUUAUUAGGUUUAUUAUAUUUG